GAAAGCCUUCAUGUCAGUUGAAUCUCGUUUGUGUGACCUGCCACUGGCGUUUGCUCGAGAUGGCGAAUUGCAUCUAUUCUGUGCACUGUGGAACACUUCUACGUUGGACACACCGCAUCAUGACCCCCGUUGUAAUGUUUGGUCAGAAUCUUCAUCCGCUACUGUUUCGUCGGAGGAUGCAAUGUUGCGCGCCUACAGUUUACCAAUGGAAUCUAUUCUUUUGAGUCUGUCCCCAACAGUUCCACAGACACUGGAAGCACGACAUAGCACUCUGGCUGCAGUCUUUUUGUCCAAUUGGGCUGAAUAUUAUAUCUGGCGUGGAUUUGCUAAUCCAUCUCCUUCUCAGUCUUUACAUGGCGAUUGGUCUGAAUUCUCUAGCCCAAUGGCCAUUUUGCUGCAUUGGCCAUUGACGAUUUACUACGUGCUAGCCCAUAUUUUCCCGAAAACAAAUGAGCAGAUUAUCCAGUCAGUCUUCGAGAAAGGCGUAUUGACCAUACAUGUAGUUGGUGUAGAACAUGAAUUGUCCAUGCUUCCGGUUUUUCUGGAGUUGGCCUACUUGCUGAACCCGGACCUAAGGGUGCGGUUGUUCUUUAUUGGAACAGAUUUCUCUCCAGCCGUAGAUCGCCAUAUCUUUAAUCUAUCUUCUCGUCUAUCGGUCAGCGUUUGUUCCAGCACCUAUCACGAGUUCAUUCGCGACUCUCUGCCACAUCUUGACCGACCUCACCUUGUAAUUGGUUUCAAUUCGGGUUUGGCUGCUUAUAGUACUUGGACACCAACUCUGAAGUUGAUUCAUGCACUCAAUGUCCCUGCCUACUUCACUGACUCAUGUCUGUACAGCUGUGCGUGGGGGUAUCGCGUGGCACAUUGUCUUGGCGUUGGUGUGGACGAAUAUCAUCCUGAAUGUGGUACCGUACUGGAUGAUCUUGAGGGUACCGGCAUCCUCAUUCAAACAACUAGGCAUCUUAGCGGUGAAGAUCUAUCUUUCUCCGCAGCUAUCGGACAGGUGAUCGACCAAUACGCCAAAUUGUUGGGACAGCAGGAAAGGUUUGCUCCAAAAGCUCAAAGAGCACUUCUACCUGGGAUGAGGUUUUCUGAUGUUUAUGAAUUCCUAGCUGCCCUGCUGCUGAACCGCCCUUUACCCUAUCUGAACGAAGCAUCCUCUGGAGUAGUUCUCGAUCUGGUUUUGAGUCUCGCUGAGUUGCUGGAGUUAUUGCAGAAUGGGGAUGUUGGCGCUUUCCCGGAGCUCGCGGUUAUGCGAAAGGCAUUGGAAGUAGCCUCAACUAGAGUAACUGAUUGUACUGGGAUCUUUCUGGCUACAGCAGCUGCUAUUCACCUGGCAGCUUCUCUGAACGCCACCGGAGAAGACUUACUCGAUGACUCGAUGAGCAUCCUCCCACUUGGACCCCUUUUCGUCUUACGUGAAGUUCAGCGCACGACAUCGUUAAAAGCAACGCGUGAACUACAGCGGGUUCUACUACGGAAGUUUUGCGAAAUUUGGGAGCUUCCGGAAAUCGAGGACAACCUGAACUCCUUGUCUGUUUCAACGUCUCCCACAAAUCCGGUAUUUGCUCAAUUGGUAAAGAGCUUAAGCAUGUUCACUCUCAACCCGUUCCUGCUGCCGAGAUCGGUCAUUAAUUCGUUUCAAAGUCUUCUCUGUAAACUGUGCAGACAAACCUAUUCUCGCUCAGUCGAUGUUUCCCAGCUUACUUCACUUUUCAAAUCAGUUUUGUUUUCGGACUUACAAUUACAACCAAAGACUGCGGAUCCGGAAGACGAUGUUCCUACCCCUUCUGUUCCUCCUCAAACUAAGCAGCAAAAGAAAAGGUGCUAUGAGAUGGAUCCUUCUUGUGACGAACCCUCUGUUACGCCAACCAAAAGAGUCCGACGUUCAAGGAGGCGUACAACGUCCACGAACCAGACAGUGGAGGUGACUGGAACAGCUAACGCGGUAGCAUCAGCGCCGACAUUGUCUUCCUCAUCUACGGUAAUGCCUCUCCAAAUACCAAAAACUGGGGAAUUAAGCCAGUUUUUUCGACGAGUGCAGGACGAGAGGGAGAAGCUUGUAAAUCGAAAAACGUACCAAAAGCAUUUCCGUGUUCGAGACACGUUUAAUCGCAAACCCCGAUCACUGAAAUGAACAUACAUUGUAUAGCUUCUGUAUUUUUAUUUCCUCAUUGUAAUAAUAAAAAUCAAACCAACAAAAACCCAUGACCUUGCGCUGUUGGUUGCCGCAACGCCCGGGUCUCACAAUAAAGUGAUAGGAGAGGAGGUAUGGGAGGAAACUAGACAGGCAUGUCCAUUAACGCGAAGCCGUGUGCACAAAAACGAAAAGCCCGGUCUGUGGCAGGGAUCGGCCUUCUUAACCUCACAAACCAUAGGAAUGCGGUAAGCAGACAAACCGUGUGUGCUAUGUACAAAAUGUGUGUGUGCAUCUAACACGGAAGAGACCUUUGACAUCCAAGCAGUGAUGACUACUGCCGUUCUAUUGCUGCAAUUGGUUUGUCAGCAGGAGCUGUUGACCCGAAAUUCACCAAGCGACGACCCACGAGGUACCUGUGCAAAGGGCAGGUUGGGAAUAAUAACAUUUGACU